AUGGUUGUCAGCGUGGAAUCUUUGCCAAACUGUAAUCCGAAUACAUUUACUACAACACUGAUGACGUCUUCCGGAGAUCCUCAAACAAUACUCCGAUUGGCGGAAGAAAAAAUUCGUGUUAAAACAAUCGCAUUGGGUCUUCGUAUAACCGAGUUUUUUCACGAUUUCGAUCGUCUUCGUUCAGGUUUUGUUACAGCAUCACAGUUCAAACGAUGUCUUGAUACCAAUCUUCGUCUUCUAUUAUCACCUGAAGAAGAAGAAUUACUUUUUCGAAAAUAUGACAUUAAACAUGAUGGAACAAUAUGUUAUCGAGAAUUCUGUGAUGUAAUUAAUCGAAAAUAUCCUGAAACAAAGAUUACACCAUAUCCGGAAAAUUUUACCAAUGCGGCUCCUCCAUAUCUGAAUUCAUGGCGCUCGACUCGCCAUAUAGGUACACAAGAUGAAAGUGAACGCUUGCGAAAUGUUCUUCAACGCAUUGCUACUUAUUGUAAGCAACGUGGUAUUGAUGUUUUAACAACCAUGGAACAAUAUGAUAAACAUCAAAUGGGUGAAAUAACUGAUAGUCAAUUUUAUCGUGCCUUUGUUGGACCACAAUUAACUGAAGCUGAAAUGACACUUCUUCGAGAUAAAUAUUCUGAUCCAGGAAAGCCAGGUUUAAUCAACUAUUUAAAUUUCGUUCAAGAUCUGAAUGCAUUGUCACGUACAAAUGAAACAACAUUUCUUAAAACUGAUACUACUGGCACCGACAAUACUGUAGUUGUUGGUAUUGAAGAAAGACCUGAACAACGUUCAGUUCAAGAAAUUUUAGAUAAAAUUCGUAUAGCAACAUUUAAAUAUGGUAUUAGGAUAUCAGAUUUUUUUAAAGAUUAUGAUAAAUUACGUAGUGGCAUUAUCACCGAAGGUCAAUUUGAAAGUGCACUCUCAUUAAGUGUACAAAAACAAGCUUUUUUAAAUAUGAAUGAUAUUAAAAAAAUAACGGAAUACUAUCGUAGACCCGAUGGUCGCAUUCAUUAUAAAGAAUUUGUUGAUAUGAUGGAAAAUGCCUUUAAUAUUCCUGAAUUAGAGAAAAAGCCAUUGACACAAGUUACUCGACCAGGGCGAGGACUUUUAUCAAAACCACUGAAUACUAAUUUGACACCAGAUGAAGAAGAUCGUGUAUCACAAAUACUUGAUAGUAUCAUUGACAAAGUACUAAAGCGUCGUUUAGUUCUGUUUCCAUUUUUUAAACCAUUUGAUCGAAGUAAAGCCUUUACACGUACCUGUACAAAACAUCAAUUUGGACGAGUACUUCGUACACUUGAUUUAAUUCCAUCACCCUAUGAUUUCAAUAUACUUUGUAAAAAAUUCGAAGAUCGAGAAUCAGGCGAUAUUAAUUAUGCUUUAUUCUGUCAAAUGAUUGAACAGGAUUUUGUGGCGAUCAAAGUUGAACCAGAAGAAGAAUUUACAUUUGCACGUGCACGAAUGGAAGAAGAACAAAAGAGAGAAAAAUUAAUAAUCAAAAUUGAUACAUCGAAUGUUAAUUUGAAAGAUUUAAUGGGCCGUAUUCGACACCAUGUUCUGAUCAAUCGAAUUCGUGUUAAGGAUUUUUUUGAGGAUUUCGAUCCUCUUCGUUUAGGCACAAUAAGCCAAUCACGAUUCAUUCGUGUUUUGGCCAGUUUGGGUCUGACUGGUCUUGAUGGUAUUCCAUUGACUGAAGCGCAAAUGCAUGCUUUAUGCAAUCAUUAUCGUCAUCCAGAACACAGUGAUCUAAUUGUAUGGAAACAAUUUGAACAAGAUGUUGAAUCAGUUUUUACAUUAUCUGAUUUGGAAAAAGCACCUAAUGUGCAAGUUUCACCACAAACUAUUUAUGAAAUGCCUACAACUGGUACAGCCAACUGGUCUAAUAUUGAUCCAUUCAAUAAAGAAGAAUUACAUCAAGCAAUGGAAGCAUGGAAAGCAAAAUGCGAACAACAACGUAUCGAUAUUCUUCGACCGUUUCAACAAUUUGAUAAACACAAUCUUGGUCAUGUAACUCGCUUGCAAUUUCGUCAAUGUUUAGCCAUAGCUGGUUUAACAUAUACAGAAAAAGAAUUAGAAGCCGUUGAAGCAGCUUUUAUUGACGAUAAUGGAUUUGCUUAUCGUCAUUUUCUUGAAUGGAUUAUACCCCGUCGUCCUGAACCACUGCGUUAUAAUAUUUUACAAGAAGAUCUUAAAAAUUUAAAUAAACAACGAGUCUUACCAGAAAUCAAACCUGUAACAAGUAUUCAAGAUGUUUUACAAAAAAUUAAAGGACAAGUAUUUCGGCGCCGUAUAAGACUCUACGAAUGGCUUAAAGAUCAUGAUAAACUAAACAGUGGUCGCAUGUCUUUUGAUACAUUUCGUCGUGCUCUAAAUCCAUGUCAAUUAGAAUUACUAGAAAGUGAAUUGUCUUUACUUGAAGAUUAG